AUGUGUAAGCACAUUAUGCAGACACCUCGCGAUCAAUGCAAUAUCUGCAUGGAGGAGGAAAAGAGGGCUACUUGCGACAAUUCGGCACCGAUCCAGAAGACUGAAGAGAAGGCUGAGGCCUCUUUGAAUAACUUGGGGCCAGUUCCAGAAGAGUACGGAGACUCUCGUGACCAGGGGGGCAACUGGAGGGACUACAAAACUCUCUCCGACGUGGACAGCAUCACAUCUCACUGGCGUCUAGACAACCUU